UGGUUGCUGAGUUGACGAACUAACGAUGUUGACUGACCAUGUUGACAUUCAACAUGGCGGCAUGUCGUCAGUGCUGUGCUGUGUCGUGCUUGUGUAACUAAGAACCUCCAAAAUUUAGUGUAGAAAAUUCGAAGUAACCUGCGCUCUACUCCCUGUGUAACCACUGGCCUUAUGGACAAAAAUCUUUCGAGCAUUGCAGCACAAUACGCACCCAGCACGCAUUGAAGACAUCUGAGGAUUUUUAUUUAAUUUUUCUGUUAUCACACUCCAUACAAAUUUUGAGUGACCGCGAAAAAACGUAAUUUUUUGAUACAUAACUUUAUUGAACUAUUUUAUUUUUGAUUUUUCUUUUUCGUUGCCAAUAAUAUAUUAUUUUUUUUUUGUCAUUUAUUAUCGAAUAUUGUAAAAGGACAUUGUGGACUUGUGAAUUUCGAUUGAUUUCAACGUGUACAAAUAAUAGAUUUUGUUGAGAACACGUGUGGUCGCAAAGGGCGUCAGCGACCGACGAUCACACCGCUCCACACACACACACACACAUCCAACAUCCACACGCAUACAAGCACAUCCAUUUGAUUGUAUUGUGGGGUAUUUGAGAAAUACCGAAUAUAUUUAUAUAACCAUUCUGUGAUAUUCACUACACUUAAGAAACGAUAAGAAGUGAAAAGAUUUAAACCAAGAAGCACUGAAUGAACAUGGCCAACAAUCCUCAGUGGAAGACGUUCCAGCCGCCCCCCGAUACUUUGAACCAGGACUCUAUAAUCGAUUUCAAAGCUAUGACAAGUAACGGUAAAACCUCUCAAUCAUCCCCAUUCAAUUUCAAUCGUUCGGGCACCAACUCGCGCUUCAGCCAAGACUUUCCGUUGCUGGGCACCGAGAAACCAAGCCCAAGUCAGAUGCCCUACAGCAAUGGAUUGUACGGUUCCGCGAGUGCCACUCAUGCUAGUGCCAGGAACUUUCCACCUAUCGGCACCUUCUCGCUCGAUAGCAACAACGUAUUUAACAGUUCCGGCGAUAGUUCUAUGAACACGUCUUCUUCAAACAUUUUCUCGAAUGGAAACAACACUAGUAGCAAUAGUUACAACAAUGAUUCUUCAAACUCAGCCAAUAUGGGUACACGAGAGACUGGAAUAAUAGAAAAAUUGCUGCAUUCGUACGGAUUUAUUCAGUGUUGCGAACGCCAGGCCCGUCUCUUUUUCCACUUCAGCCAGUUCAGCGGCAACAUCGAGCAUCUGAAGAUCGGCGAUCCGGUGGAAUUCGAAAUGACGUACGACAGACGCACCGGCAAACCGAUUGCCAGUGCCGUAACAAAAAUCGCUCCAGAGGUAGUAAUGAGUGAAGAGCGUGUAACCGGUACCGUUACGACAGAGGUUAGGGGCGAAGGCUCGGGGGGAGACACUAUGGGCAGGAUCAGCUACGAGAAUAGGGGCGAGUGCUUCUUCCUGCCUUAUACGAAGGACGACGUAGAGGGAAACGUAGUUUUAAGGUCUGGAGAUAGAGUUAGUUUUCAAAUUGCCACCAAUAACAGGGGUAACUUGGGUGCGUGCCACGUUCGUCUAGAAAACCCCAAACAUCCUGUCAAGUAUCAAGGAGUGGUGUGUUCUCUGAAGGACAGUUUCGGGUUCAUCGAGCGCGCGGACGUGGUCAAAGAGAUCUUCUUUCAUUUUUCCGAAGCCAAAACCAAAGAAGAGCUCCGAUUGGGCGACGAUGUGGAAUACAUCAUUCAAACAAGAAAUGGUAAAGAAGUUGCUUGUAAUAUAACCAAACUACCUCCUGGCACCGUUAUUUUCGAGGACCUGAAACCCGACACCCUCAAAGGACAAGUGACGAAGGCGAUCGACAAGAAUUUGAGGUCGACCAACGAGCCUCUACCGGGAAGGAUCACUUAUAAAGUGGCGGAUUCGAAAGAGAUCAGGGAGAUUUCGUUUAGCGAAAAAGAUCAAAUGGGAGAUUUUACUUUAAGAUAUGGAGAUUGGGUCAAAUUUCAAAUUGCAACUGACAGAAGAGACGCUUUGGAUCGUGCCACUCACAUAGUAUUGCUGGAUGAGAGUUUUGCUGCUUCUGGAGAGAAACGGGAACAAGGUGUCGUUGCCUCAUUAAAAGAAGGUUUUGGAUUUUUAAAAUGUGUCGACCGGGAACCUAGAUUAUUUUUCCAUUUUAACGAAAUUUUGGAUGUGAACAAGACAAACGAACUUCAGGUGGGUGAUGAAUUCGAAUUUACGGUAAUUCAAGAUCCAACCAACGCAUACUCAUCAACCUCUCACAAGGACAACAGGCAGAGUGCUAUUAGAAUGAAAUGGUUGCCUCCGGGAACGGUUCAAUUUGAAAUCAAGAUUGACAGCGAUUUGACAGGAGCCAUAACCAAGGAAAUCCCAGUGAACAAUUGGCCCAACAGAAGUCCUACCAAAAACCAAAGCUUUAACGGAUGCGAACAAACUGAGCCCGGACUGAUAGGCUACGCAGUCAACGGCAUCAAAAAGACAAUUACGUAUUAUGCCAAAGAUUAUGAUAUUAAACAUCAACCGAGGAUCGGAGACAAAGUUAAGUUCGAUAUACACCAAGUCAAGAGAACGAAGGAGUUUAUAGCGGCCAAUAUACAAGUGACGCAACCCGCAGUACAAACCAACGGUAUCAAACAUAAUUUAAGGAGCAACGGGCAGGUGUACCAGGGCUUUAUAGCGGCGUUGAAGGACGGUUUCGGCUUUAUCGAAACCAUCGAGCACGACAAGGAGGUGUUUUUCCAUUUUAGUAAUUUCGAGGGUGACGCCAACACUUUGGAGCUGGGACAGGAGGUCGAGUACAAUUUAGGCACGAGGGGUAAUUCAGGGGGUUCGUGUUCUUCGGCAGAAAAUGUUAAAAUUAUUUCUAAAGGUACAAUUGAACUACCGGCAGUUAAUGGUGAGUUACUGGAGGGAUUGAUCGUUAGACCGUUACGAUCGGUAAAUCCAGACCAGCAAGAAUAUUCCGGUUUGAUUAAAAUUAAAACUGAAAACCCUGAAGAAGGAUCGCAAGAAUAUGAAUUUGGCAUUAUGGGAUUGGUUAACAAACGAGAAUUGCUUCAAGUCGGCGACCAGGUCCAGUUCCAAGUCGACUCGACCCACAGGGCGGCCAACAUCGUAGCCCUGCGCAAGAAGCUGCGCGCCACCGUCGACGCCAUCAAGGGCCACUUCGGCUUCCUAGCCUACGAGGUGGAUGAGGGCAAGAAGCUCUUCUUCCAUAUGACUGAGGUGAAGGACAACGUUUCUCUCAGCGUAGGCGACACGGUGGAAUUUGUUCUGGUCACCAAUCACAGGAGCGGAAAGUCGUCGGCUUGUAAUGUUGUCAAAGUGAGUGAUGUCCAAGCACGCCCAGAAAGGUUAAUAAGCAGACUGAGGACCAUCUCCUUGGACGACGCCGGACCCAAACUCCUGGUAGUCCGCCAGCCCAAAGGUCCAGACGGUUCCAAAGGCUUCGCCACCGAGUCCAGAACGCAGCGAUUACCCGGUAACGUUCCCGAAUAACCGGCCGACGCCGAUUCAUCCUUUACAUCCAGCUCUCAAAAGAAGAAAAAUCUCUCAAAAAACGCAAAAAAUUCUGUUCUAAGCUAAAGUAGUCCUUCUCUUUUGUAUCUGUCAGAAAAAGUGUUGUCGAACCUAGGUAUAUAUCUGUAAGUCUUGCGGAAUGUAGGGAGUACACUGCUCCUUUGCCGUUUCUUUUUUUUUUACUGUGAAUGGCGUGAAUAAAAUAAGAUGUUAACCGAGAAACAAAACCCAAAACAAAAGCAAGAAAAUAAAAACUUAUCGAUUUUGAAAUGACUCUACUUUUGCGGGGGGAAAGGGGGAGUUAAUAAUAAUAAUAAUAACUCUUUUAAGUUCUUCGUUUCGAUCAUUUCCAUUCAAUAUUUAGUCGUGUAGCGAAAAAGGAAAAUAUAUAUCUUUAAAGAAAGUGGAAAAGCCAAGUUUGCUGUGCUUUUUAAUAUAUAAAGAGAAUUUUAUUUCUAUACCCAACUCUUCUCACUUUUAUUCUGUACUAAUAAACCUAAAGUAUUCGAUUUCGGUUUUGGAUGAAGUACAAUUAUUAUUUUCUGUGAAAAAAAUAUCGUAAUAGAUGGUUGAGAAUUUCGAUUACUUUUAUUUUAUUAGUGUUUGUACAGAGCGUUCCGUUUUAGUUUCAAAUCAGAAUUAUCUCGCUCAUUAGUAAAGAUAGAACCCUUUUUUACGAAACUGAGCUGUUUUUUAUGAAACCCAAGAUACCACAAGCAAAAUUAAUAUUAUUAAUUAUAUAUUAUAAUAUUAUAUCUAUAAUAUUAUAAAUAUAAUAUUAACGUUAUGCUUAUAUUAAUAUAAGCAUAACAUUUAGCUUAUAAAACAAUAAACUUUUGAUUUCUAACCAAAAUUUCUCUCGACGGAUGAUAAUCCAAGACCAAAAUGACAUUCUUCGCAAAUGUUGAAGUAUAAUUAGUAGAAAAGUCAAAAGUUUAUUAACUCUUUCUACUAAUUGAAAAUGUCUACCACUAAUUUUGACGUUCUGAAUGCUUACAUUGAAAUAAAAGGAAUGAACUUCUACAUUAAUUUAAACUACUAAUUUAUUCCACUAAUUGCGAGGUUCUGAAUGAAGCUUUACCGUUUAAUCGAUGUUUAUCGUAAAAAAUUAAACGACGCGUCUCAUCAAUAAAAAUUCGAUAAAUUUGCAAGAAGGCAAUGAAAUCAGUGGCCGGAGGGUUUUGCUUUAUAAAAUAUAUUGCUGUUUAUUUAAAUGUUUUUGUCGGCAUUCUUUUCAUAGACACAGAUCCAGUAGACGUACUUUAAGAGCUUAGUUACGCCACAUUAAUGUACUGGUUCUGGAUACAAUAGUUAAACCAUUUCUAAGAUACUUUUACUAUAGCUACUUACUCGCUAAUUUUGAAGCUACCUAUUGUUAAUCGAUAUCAU